AUGCUGGAUCCGGACGAUGAUAUUGAUCUGGAUAUCAGCGAAGCCCUGGGAGACAUCUUGGGGCUCUUCGGUUGCAACAUAGUCGACGGCCUUUUUUUCUUUUACCGUGACCGAUGGUCAAGCCUCAUGCACCAACUAACCGACUUUCGCAAAUUCGGCGUACCUCCAUCGUACUACCAAACUGUCAAAAAGAUGAAUCUAUUGUUUACCAUAGCCAUGGCCUACACAGUACCCAGCAUAAUCCUUUAUUGUUUUGUCAGCUAUCUAACUAUUGGAGAAUGCGAAGAGGUGAAUGCUAGAACUGGCUUGAAUCAGCACUGUGCAUUGCUGAAUCCGACCUGGUUGCCUAUAGGCGAACUUAGAGGAUAUUCUAAAAUACUGUUUUAUGUCUUGCAGUUGCUUGGCAAUCACCCUGAUUACUCUGGAAGUAGUAGAAAUACUUCUUUGCCGAGUACAUCACCUAAAAGCUUAGCAGAAAAACUUAGAGAUUUGGUUACUAACACAACUGGUCCACUGUAUCUUGUGGCAGCACUUAUAAUAGGUGCUCUAGGAAGCCAGGCCAUCAAAGAAUCCAUACCGAAAGCUUUGUUAUAUUGUACUGGAUACAUGGCAGGGGUAUUCUUGUUAUGCCAUGCUGGACAAAAGCUCAUAAAUGAGACAGAAAGCUUGGCAGAUUCAGUGUAUAACAGCAACUGGUAUGAAAAAGACGCCAAGUUAAUGAGAAACUUAAUUCUGAUCAUCAAACGAUCACAGAAACCUUUGAAGUUUCAUGCUAUACCUUCAGGUGAAUACAGCUACAUGGCUUACACAAUUCUUGUGAAGACAGCAUAUUCCUACAUAACUCUCCUAAACAGAGUAGUUUAAGAAUAAAUAAUCCAGAUUCAUAAAUAGAACAGAUUUAAAGGAAAGCUUUUUGUAGUAAAUAAAUAUUUGUAGUAUACAUUGCGUAAAAAUGUUUAAAAUUCAUAAAUUUAAUAUCAUAUACUUAUGGGGUUUAAAGAAAAUGUUAUUAGAUCAAUAAUAGAGCUUUCUGGAUUGUAGAUACUAAAUAAACUUAGAUUUAUAUUAGUAAAUAUUACGAUUCUGAAGAAUUUUCAAACAUAGAACAUGCUGUGAAACCUUUGUCACUUUAAUGGAAUGAA